UCAGCUGAGGAGGUCAGAGCAAAACAAGAGGAAACAGCAGCACGGCAAAGACAGAAGAGGAAGGCGCAUGGAGUGGCUUAUUUAUGACUGUAACAGGGAGACAAAACAAUGAGACGCCGAGCGAAUCAGAAGAGCUGAGAGCAUUUUGAAAUAAUACAGUAUCUGUGAUCAGUAGCAGGACAGAGCUGCAGUGAUUUAGACACCCAAGAGGACCAGAGGGGACCUGAGAGGUGACUCCUUCAUGAGGACCUGUGCUGCUGAUCUGCUGCUGCUGUGAGAUGGCGGGAGAUCAACACAGAUAGCUACAGGAAGAAUUUCAAAUCUUCGUCACACGUCAAGGCAAAAAAAAAAAAAAAACCCUCUUCUUUUGCGACUGUAUUAUUUUCUUAAAUAAAUUCACCACCGAACUCGAACAAUGGCUUCUCACAGCCUCAUUCCGACAGAAGAGCCGUCUAAUGGCGGCCCCCCAUCAGAGAAGUCCGAUGGCUCGCAGGAGUCCAUGAAGCUCAAGAAGGAGAUCUCCCUCGUGAACGGGAUCUGCCUGAUCGUGGGGAACAUGAUCGGCUCGGGGAUCUUCGUCUCACCCAAGGGCGUCCUCAUCCACAGUGCCUCUUAUGGCCUCUCGCUGGUGGUGUGGACCGUUGGUGGUAUCUUCUCUGUGUUUGGGGCCCUCUGCUACGCCGAGCUGGGGACCACCAUCACCAAGUCCGGGGCCUCCUACGCCUAUAUCCUGGAGGCAUUUGGGGGUUUCCUGGCCUUCAUCCGUUUGUGGACCUCGCUGCUGAUCAUCGAGCCCACCAGCCAGGCCGUUAUUGCCAUCACAUUCUCCAACUACAUGGUUCAGCCCAUCUUCCCCACCUGCAUAGCCCCAUACCUGGCCAACAGGCUUCUGGCUGCUGCUUGUAUCUGUUUGCUGACUUUCGUGAACUGCGCCUAUGUCAAGUGGGGCACCAGGGUCCAGGACUUCUUCACCUAUGCCAAAGUUAUUGCUCUCAUCGCUGUCAUCAUCACCGGCCUGGUGAAGAUCGGACAAGGUCACACUCAAAACUUCGAGGGGCUAUUCGAUGGCUCAUCUCAAGAUCCCGGAGCCAUCGCUCUGGCUCUGUACUCGGCUUUGUUCUCCUACUCUGGAUGGGACACCCUCAACUUUGUCACAGAGGAGAUCAAGAACCCAGAGAGCAACCUGCCCCUGGCCAUCGCUAUUUCCAUGCCCAUUGUGACAGUGAUCUAUAUUCUGACCAACGUGGCCUACUACACCGUCCUCCCCAUCAAUGCGAUCUUGGACAGCGAUGCUGUAGCUGUGACAUUUGCAGAUCAGGUGUUUGGCGUGAUGAACUGGACCAUUCCUCUGGCCGUGGCACUUUCUUGCUUUGGAGGACUCAACGCCUCCAUCCUGGCUGCCUCCAGGCUGUUCUUCGUGGGCUCCAGGGAGGGCCAGCUGCCCGACUUCCUGUGCAUGAUCCACGUCCACCGCUACACUCCCAUUCCCGCCCUGCUCUUCAACGGGGUCAUGGCUCUCAUAUACCUGUGUGUAGAAGAUGUCUUCAGGCUGAUCAACUACUACAGCUUCAGCUACUGGUUCUUCGUUGGUCUGUCCAUUCUGGGGCAACUAUAUCUGCGAUGGAAAGAGCCGGACAGAAAGAGACCUUUAAAGCUCAGUUUGUUCUACCCCAUUAUUUUCUGUAUCCUGACCAUCUUCCUGGUGGUGGUGCCUCUCUACAGCGACACCAUCAACUCCCUGAUCGGCAUCGGCAUCGCCCUGUCGGGGGUGCCCGUUUACUUCCUCUGCUGCUACACCCCAGCUCAUAAAAGGCCGCUGUGGCUCAGACGCUUCAUCGCUAAAUGUGGCGUGGGGAUUCAGAAAGUGUGCUUCUGCGUCCUGACUGAGAUGGAUGUCGACAAACUUGAGUAGAGACACUCAUUUUAACGCCCUGCUGGAGGCUGGUGACGCACAAACAACAGACUCUCAGCUCAGCCCAAACCCACCUUUGCCCGUCGCCUCUGCCUCGAGACCUCAGCGGAUGAAACAUUUGGGCUCAAGUGGGACUCAGUUCUCCAACCUGACAACCACCACCCGGUGAUGACGUUAAUGUGUUAAUGAUGGUGCUUGUUCGUAACACUUUCCUGAUGCUGAGUGCGACUUUGGAGAGAACUUUUCAGCGCGCUCCUGAAGAAAUUAGAAUCCAUCUGUAUUACAGAACCACAUUUAAUUACGUCAACAGAAAUGGUUUGCCUGAAAUUACGUACAAAACCUUUUUGAUUUGACUUGAAGGUGGCUGGUUAUUAAAUUGUUCCAGCAGACUGCAUCUUUGGAAAUGAAAGCACUGCCGAUCAUGCCAUCAUCAUCAUUUGCACAAAGAGCGAGUAGACUCACUCAGGUGGAUGAAAGUUCAUAAAACUCAGAGACUACUGAAGGGCUAUUUUUAAACAAACACUCUGCUACUGUGUGGGACUCAAACACUGGCUAAGUGUAAAAAAAGUUUUUAAAAAGUUGAGCUGUAAACAUGUAUUUAUAAUAAAAUUACUUGAUGACA